ACUCUGGUCUGGUAUGGCGGAGUCAACUACGGUGCUCUCAGACUCCCUCCUACAAGUGGACACGACGUCCAAACCUGGAUGGAAGGGGGCGACACUAUUGGCUCACAUCUUCCACGUCCGCUGUAUGAUUGUCCUUAUGUAGGUGAGGGAGUUCAUGAUGUCAAAGGAAGGUUCUGAUUGUGGAUAAUCCAGUCGUAUCCAUCCUCUUCACCAACCCAGGGAUUCUAGCCAUCUCUCUCUCAAUUGACAAUGACAAUGCUCUGCUGCAAUACGAUUCUCCACCACUCCAUUCUCAGACUCAGACUUAGCCGGGAAACAUUCCUUCCAUGCUCAUGCUCAUGCUCAGGCUGCUACGUUCUGGUCCCUCGGCGAAUGAUUAAUGGCUUGCCCCCAGUCUCACUCUCACGAGCUUUUGGCGUGACGAGACGAAGAAGGAAGCAGGAGACCUUUGGCCUGACCUUUUCCAUCUUUUGGAAAGUGGUGAUCACAGCAGGACUCUCCUCCUCUACACUUAUAGUAUGGUCACGUUUUCGUCCAAUUAGUCUCUGCCCAAAAGGCAUUAAAUCUGGCUUGUGACACGGAGGGAUUGUCUUACACUGUAAAUCUGUGUCUGUCUGGACUGCUGUCCAUCGACACACUCAUAAAUUGCGUUCGAGACACGCGCGUUUUUGUCUCGCAGUGACAAGCUCUGAUCUGCCUCAGCAGCAGUAAAUAAAUCGCAGUUAAGGGGGAGAAUAAUUUUGGCCCUGGACACGGGUGGAUAUGUGUUGCCAUGGGAGGGAGGCCGAGAAAUUGAGGGGGAAGCGCUCGGAAGCGGAAGCCAGAGCUUGAGCAGCAAGGCAUGCGGUGGCACCUGGAGAGAGGAGUUAUUCUUAAGACAGCUAGAGUUGGCAGACCUGGACCUGGCGAUUAUGUUGGAGCUUUUUGCGGGUAAAAUAGUCGAUGGCGCGAUGCAGGCGGGACAGGUACAGGUACAGACCAGAGAAUCGAGCUCGGCAUAAAGCGGAUUCCCUGAAAUGUCCACGUUCCUGGGGACGACAUUUGGACUUCUCGCUCCUGACUUGUGGAUGGAUGGACUCGGGCCCAGCUGAAGCCGUGGCCUGUCAGCGAGGCAAUCAGAAAUGGCGAAACUGCGAAAGCCCUUUCUGCCGAUAUUUUAUUGGAAGCUCAGGAUCCAUGGCUGGCCAGCUGGGCUGGUGCCAUCGUCAUGCUCUGACUGGCGGGCGGGCGGGCCUCGGCGUUUGAAAGUAGGCGAAUCCCAUGGAGACGAAAGAGGGCGUUCAGAAAGAUACCAGCGCAAUGUAACCCAGCCAGUGUUUGAUUUCCUGCUCUGCCUACUGUCAGUCACUCUCUCUACUUUAUCGAGAAAUCACGAGAGUACUAUGUAACCGUAAUUUGGAUUAUAUUGACCGAACUCUUACAACCAGGAUAUUUUGAAGGAUUACAUUCUCCUCCUACUCCUGCAGAAUCCAGAAUGAAGGUCGGUCAUCGCUAAAUUCAUAGAUAAGUAGAUAGCCGACUAGAUAGCUGCUGCUGCUGCUGCUGCUGGUGCUUGUCGUUGCAAACAUUGACCUGCUGGACAGACACAAUGCCGUUUGCCUCAUUUGACUGAGCCCUGGAGCGAGCGAGGAGUAGAUCUGCCAAGUGUUGGCAUGGUGAUGUGGAGCCACUCCACAAUCCGCCGGAAGGUGGACUGUCAGUCUAGCUAUGGAGUCAUAUCUGUUAGACACAAGUAUACCUGCUGUUGAUCCAAGAUCGUAAUGAAGAGUGAAUAGGUCGGUGAACUCGGUGGACUUUCUCUUGAGCCAUGGUACCGAUGUCAAUGUCUACACUUCACACAUUUCUGAGAAGACGAUCGUACGAUACGAUCGAGUGAUUAUAUCCAACCCCACGACCAGGCAUGUCAUGGAAGAAGAAGACUUGUAAGCUCGGUAAAAUCUGGGAAGAGUGGUGAUUCACUGGAAUCCGGUACAUGGUACAUGACCGGGACUCUCAUACACCGAGUGUACCGAGCGAGCUGCUCGAGUCUCGUCGACGAGACCGGGACUUGUCACAAGCAGAAGGGCAGUCCUGGUCUGAAGGUUGUUAGUGUAGACACAGUGGCGUAGCCUGGUACGAGUGUACAGCAGCAGUCUAAUCAUUCUCGCAAUUUUCCCAAGGCGGCAGAUUUUUUCAUCAUGUAGUGCCAGUAUCCGGAAGGUUGUUAGGAUGUGCCACUGUGCGCUGCUGCUGGUACUCUGGUACACCGUAGGGCGCCAUGGCUUCCCUCCCUCCCUCCCUCUUCGUUCUUGCGAGAGAACGGGCACAACAGUGAGCCUCUGACAUCUUCUCUGCGCAGUCUGCAAACCUUGCCCUUAGAUCUUGCUGCUGCUGCUGCUGCUGCUUCUGGAACCGUGAAGAGAAAGCUCUUCGCCAUUCUCUUCUCUUCUCUUCUCUUUUCGCACGCAGUGCAGUGCAGUCGAUCACGUCCAUGGUCCAUGUUGCGUGCGUGCAUCAGAAUCAAGAGUCGUGCACGAGGAUAUGGUCACACGCAGUUCGUAUGUGACACUGAAGUCACUGCAGUGUCACAUGGAUGAGUUUGGCCUUGACUGUUGUGUGAGUGAUGCUAGACGUAGGUACCUCUCGAGUCACCACCGACGUCUCGAUCGGUCUGCCGAAACAGAAACAGAAACAGAAGGCAGAUCGGGGGCUGGGUUAUGGCGUACAAAUCCCUCACACUUACUCACUCACUCACUCACUCACAGCUGCGGCGUAUUGCCACCACCACAACGUAACUCUCGCAUUACACCUAUGCAGCUGCUCGAGAUGUCGAAACUCUGUCUGCCGUGCCCAAUCUGGGUCAAGAGUGUGGAAGAGGUGUUUGGGAAGAAGCAAGCAAGGUCGUGCAGUACACAUGUACAUGGCAGAGAAGUCCAAAUCACUGCAUGUGCAAAAGUAUAAACUAUAUUGAAGAACUUGGUUGGAGGUGUGGUGACCAGGCAUGAGUGCACCACCUACUCCUGGAUUGCAAAAUCCCCAGGACCUGCAAUUUCAGGACAUGUAGGAACAAAUGUCCCCCCAAGGGUUGUUAGUCGACACUGUGUGGUCUGUCUCGAGUGCAAUGCGGGCGAUGGCAUCAGAUGCAUAUCCCCUCCCAGCUAAUGACGUGCUGAGUUGCUCAUCUCCAAGGAACCUUACUGUAACCUCUCUCUCUCUCUCUCUCUCACGAGUCUAGGCUUUAUUUCUGCAGCAAGAAACAAAGAACCUUGAGAUUUGUAGAGUUCUUUUGCCACUGUCGCCGAGUACGUUUGUACACAACAACAACUCCCGUGAACAUCUUCCUCAAAUUCUAGAAUCCCAAUCUGUUCGUACGAGGGUACAAAUACGUCUUGGAGAAUGAAACAUACGGUUAUCGUGUACGGGUCGACACUGUUUUCUGGAACAAGUGGACGAAAGCUCCUGUGCUAGCCAUUUGGCUCACUGUUUAUGAAUUGAGAGGAGUAGAUAUGGAGUAUACGAAUCCAGAUAGUGUAUAACGAGGACGAUCUCUUUACUUCGAUCGAAAACUUUAAUACUCGUUUCGUAUAAUUCAUUCAUUCAUUCAUGCACAGGUUUUUCUUUUUAAUUCGUAAUCGAUACUCCGUUG